AUGUCACUCUUUAAGAAGACUUAUGGGUCCAAUAUUAAGUAUCACCAUGCAUGUAGAGGGAAAGAAGCUGUAUUUGAAGAUCAAUAUGGUGACGACGAGAAGUCGUAUAGCGAUUUAAAUUGCUAUAGGUAUCUCAAUCCCAUGAUUUACUUGGAUGCUACUUUCCUCAUUGGUAGAUUCAGGGGUACUUUGAUGGCUGCAACAUGUGUCAAUGGAAAUGAUGGUUUUUACCCAUAUGCCUUUGCUAUUGUUUUAUCUGAAAACAAAGACAAUUGGUUUUGGUUUCUGGAUAAUCUUCAACAAGUGAUCGAUGAUCGUCCGAUUGUUUUCCUUAGUGAUCGUCACGAAGGACUUCUGCAGGGCAUUCCAAGAGCAUUUCCUGGUUCAUAUCACAGCUAUUGCUUUUACCACAUCAAGUGCAAUCUCCCUAUUAGAAAAGGUGAUGCGAAUUUCAAUGCCGUUAUUGAUUUGUUUUACAAAGCUGCUUACUCUUACACAACAACGAACUUUGAAGAAGCUUUGCGGGGCAUGCAUGCAAUUGGUUUUGGACAUGUUGCUAAUUAUCUUAGGACCAUUCCAAAGGAGAAAUGGGCAAAUGCAUUUUUCCCUGUAUGCAGAUAUGCUGCUCACUCUUCAUCUAUUGCCGAGUCAUUCAAUAACUGGAUUCUUGAGUUCAAAAAGCUGCUGCUUUUGCUCUUCUCGAUGCGAUACGGUGAGUUUUAUGUUUAG